AUGGAAACCACUCGGCUGAAUAACAAUCCACCAGCGCGGGGUAGUACCGCUCAGAGAUUGGCCUCUCUCUUCCCUUCUCGAUCCGAACCGGAGCCUCAGACCAUCGCCGUUUAUCGCCAAGUCGACUCGGUCGCACUCGACCAAUCCACCACUGGGGCAAUCUCCAAUCGGAUCAAGGAUGGGCUUGGAAGCUUGGAGGACAACAUGCUUAACGUCAUCCAGAAGUACAUCUCCCGUCUCUCGAUCUCAGACUCUAAGCCGGAUCCCUCUGCGAGCCCUUCUUCUGAUCCAUUCUCGUCCGCUCACCCUUCCAAUCAGGAGAUCGGCGAGGUCAUCCAAGAAAUGUAUGAAGAAAUCGAUCAUGAACUCGAGAAAGAGUACCAGGAGGAGCUCGAGGCGAUCGAGCACGAGGGUGAAACGAGGAUGAUUAUUGAUCACACCUUGGAGCUCAUAGAGCAUGUCGUUUGCGUUGAGUUAUACGAUCGGAUCUUUGAAGAAUCUCUCGAAGAUCAAGAAUUUAGCGAGAAGAUUGCACAGUUGAAUCUCCUUGACAUGACCCUCGAUCACUUGGGCUUAGAUUUGGAAAGGAGAGUGAUGGACGAUCCCGAUGGUAUCAUUGCCAUUCGUGCUGGACUAGACGAAAUCAUCAAAAAUGCUUCUGCCGAACUAUCUCGACUUCAGCAAAAUGAAUGCCGUUCCCCUCGUGAUAAAGUUGGGGUUUUUGUGACCGUCCACAAGCUGAUUGUUGAUGGCUUGAGCUUACUGCCUCCAAUCCCGAUGAAAAAAGAAGGAAUCCCAGCUGGUAUCGCCACAGGACAACUAUCUCAAGAUCCAGGCAACUCGAAUGAAGUUGAAAUGUCGGAUAUAGUUGAUCGUGCCGGAAUUCCGACAAAUACUACAACAAUGGACAGAACGCUUCCAAUGUCUUCGCCUCUUCGUCCGUUGCCGAAAGAUCAGCCUUCUGCAAGCGACCUCUUGGAUGCCAUGCAUACCAGCCUGAUCGAUCCGCCUGCGCCCCCUCCUGCACACUCUGAAGAUGUCCAGCCGCGGCUGCCCGAUCCCGCUGAAGUCACCAAACCACGACCUAACUCUUCGAGUGCUGACCUGAUCCUGCCAAUAUUGAUCUAUCUCAUCAUCAAGGCAAAUCCAAGUAAACUAAUAUCUAAUUUGAAUUACGCCAAUCGGUUUCGAUACCAGCGAUUAGUCAAAGGGGAGACAGACUACUGCUUGGUCAACUUUAGCGUCAGCUGUGAAUUCAUCAAGAACUUCGUUGGACUCGAUGGCUAUGAAACUUUCCAAACUACAUUGAUCCAAGCGUCACGCCAAGAUCAGAGUGGCGAAAACUUGAGCUCCACUCCAAGGGGUUCCAUUCGAGCUGGUUAUGGAACUUUUCCUUCGUCUAUGAAGCGCGGUAGAGAAAAAACUGGAAACAGCGAGGUUGAGGAUGCUUUGAUUGCAGCAAGUCGAGCCGUAGGUGGUGUUUUGAUGGGAGGAUAUCAGAGAGUGAUCUCGAGUACACUUUUGGAUGCGCCUGCUGCCAAGCUAGGGCUGGCUGGUGGCUCACGAUCGGCACCACGGACGUUAGAGGAUGUCAAGAAGUUGAUCGGCUCAGGCUCCGGGGGAAAACGUGAGGGGAAUAUCAGCAAUUGGGGGAACCGAGUAGGACUCCUCCGCCGCAAUCAACCCAACGAACGACAAGAUCAAUCUCCCUCAAAUGCUCUGCCAACAAGCGAUACUCUUGUUAAUGGGUCGAAUGCCGUAAAACGCUUGAGCUCGCUAUUUCAAAACAAUCCAGGACCCUCAGGCGCUCUUGGUAAUCCUACCCAGUCAUCUCACCCAUCUCAGACCGAAGAAGACCGGGUAACCAUCAGCCAACGACUAUCUAGCUUGCCUGGGCUUGGAAGAUUGGGGCAUCAGGCUUCGCGGUCUAGAGAGUUCCUCAACUUUCGAGGAACCCAGAGUGAUGAAAGCACCGGAGCCGGGACCGACAAUAUCUUGAGGGGAACGACCGACAGAGCGCACCAAAAGGGCCCGAUCGAACGACUGGAACGAUGUGAAACUAGUGAACACUUACUGAUGGCUGACAUUCCCGGAAUAGAAGCAACUAUAGAGUCAAGUAAAAUUGAAGAGGUACAAUAA